GUAUAAAAUGCUUCCCUUCUUCACAUCAAAAUUCAUUCGCUCUUCGUCACCGUGAGAACAAGAGGGAUCAGUUUUCCGACAACCCAUUCCUGAACUCUUGUUUGAGAAAAUCAGCAAAAGGGAGAACUAACUGCUAGCAGAGAAAAUGGCCAUGGUCAAUGGAGUUAAAUCCUGCGCAAAGCUGCUGAAGUCUUCAGAAUCAUUGUUGGUGAAAUCAGCUAAUCGAGGGAUUCACUCAACUGGUGUGAAGAAAAUGGGAGGACAUGCUCAUGGACAUGAUGAACCAUAUUAUUUGCACGCCAAGCAUAUGUACAACUUGGACAGGAUGAAAAAUCAGAAGCUGACCAUGACGCUUGGAGUACUCACUGCAUUCAGCAUUGGAGUGGGCGUUCCAAUCUUUGCAGUCGUCUUUCAGCAAAAGAAGACGGUCUCUGGAUGAUGACUGAAAGAACGUGCGUCGAUUCAUGUUGCAGCCCGCUUCCUCUAGUUCGUUUUCUUAAUUCUGUAUAAACCCUCUCAAAUGCACAGAAACUCAGAACGUGGAUUCUGUUUUUGCCAAUAAGUCUUUUCAUCAACAUCCCAUUAUUGGAUAUUUUUGUUAAAUUCUGUUUGUUCCGAAGA